AUGCUCCUUCUAUCAUUUCUAGCCUUUGCCGUGAGCUCGGCCAACGCGCAAAGUCAAGACAAUAUCUUCCUCAAUCCGCCCACUAACGGCAUCAACAAUGACUUCACGCAAAAUCCCACAUACGUCCAAGGUUCCACCAUCACGCUGCAGUGGGAGACGACGUACCCGUCGACCGACCUGGUGAUUUGGCAGAAUGGAAACCCAAACAGCCAGGUGUUGGAAGGAGGGAUCACGGCAACGACUCUGAGCUGGACCGUAGGGACGGGGGAGAGCCCGCCCUUCGACCUCAGCAAAGGCAACGUCUUUUUCUUUCAAAUGUACAAUUCGUCAACGUCCACGUUCUUCAGCAGCCACUAUUUCAACGUCAGCGACCCGUCGCUGGCUUCGGCCACAUCAUCCACAGCUUCCUCGAGUACCACCUCACCACCUGCAACUUCCCCGACACACGAACCGACGUCGUCGUCGCAGAGUGACUCAUCCAAAGCUACCCCAGCGACUACAUCCAUAGCGACGACCAUGCCGGCCGCCGCAGCUGAUUCCUCUUCCAGCCAUAGCAGCAACAAGCUUGGAGAAGGUCUGGGCAUUGGCAUCGGCUUAUGUGUAUUCCUCGUCCUGGUUGCCGGCCUGGCGUGGUACCUAUUCCGACGCCGCGUUGCUAGAUCGCGCGAUCUGCUGAAGCCUGAGACCAUGUCCACAUAUCCUGACGGCGGCAUGGCCGACGAGUCCUACCCCGCACAAUACAGGAGGUACGAGCUCGGCUCGACGGCGCCCGCAACACAAGCGGAGCUGGACGGCGGCAAUAUGAAGUUCGUAUAA